UGUAUUUAUUCCUUUAAAACUCGAUGGAUAUAUUUUUUCAAAGAAGUUUUUAUUUCUAAUAAUGGCGACAAAUACUAAUGAAGAAAUGAAAACAAAAUUGGAAAAAGCAUUAAUCCUGAAUCGACAAAUGCAAGGAGAACUACUAAUCAUGCGAGGAAAGCUAGAGAAGCUAUUGUCAAAUGUCAAAGACACCUAUAAAAUUAAUGAUAUAUUACUGAAGGAAGGCAUUGUUAGACGACGAAAAAAGGGAAUUGGAAUAAAAGGAGCAUAUUUGAGAGGUGGAACGUUCUACUUAAAGGGAAAUAUGUUUUUCAAAGAUAUAAAUUGUCGUAAUUGUCCAAAUAAUCGAGAUUAUGAAACAAGAAAAUUGGAAAACGAAAUGUUUCCAAUGGAUUUGAACUUAAAAUCGAGACAUGUUUGGUCUACUGCUGAUAAGCAAGGUGUUAUAUUGGGUAUUAAGGAACAGAUAAUCGAUUACUUGUCAAAAUCACCUAAGCGCCGUGGUGAGGAAAAUAAAGAAGUAGAUAGUGAGAAGUUGGCAAAACUUUUAAACAUGGUUCCGAAAGAUUUUCGCAUCGAUUGGGUUAAUUUAUCAAGUUAUAAUGUGCAGCAUCGUCAUUCGCCCAAAACAUGUGAGGCUAUUUGGAAUUUAUUUUUACAUCCGUCUUUAAAGCGAACUGUCUGGUCGAUAAAAGAAAAUCAUAAGCUUUUGGAAGCCGCCAAAAAAUAUAGUUUUCAAAAUUGGCAAGCUAUAGCCAAUGAUGUAGGACAAAGAUCAGAUUUUCAGUGUUUUGUUCAAUAUAAAAAUUACGUCUGUCACAUGUUGCCCGAAUCUACAACAAAAUGGUCUAAAGAUGAUGACAAACGACUGCUGGAAGUAAUAGCCAAAAAUAAUGUAAAUGGGAUUAUUAAUUGGAGCAAUGUAAAUGCGUACUUUCCACAUAAAGCCAAAAACACGUUGCAUACUCGCUAUAAUCACACGCUUAAUCCGGACGUUCAUGUUGGUGUCCCUUUUACUCCAGAAGAAGACCUGCUUUUAAUAGCAGCUGUAAAAGAAUAUGGUACAAAAUUCAACUGCAUACCGCGUACCCUAUUCCCAAAUCGAUCGCUGAUACAAUUACGUACUCAUUAUAAUAACGUUCUAUCUAAACGUCAUAACCGACUUCCAUGGUCUUUAGAGGAUGACAUUAAGUUAAUGGAUCUUGUGACAGUAAAUGGUACUAAAUCCUGGCUGGUAUGUGAAAAAUCGUUUAAUGGAAAACAUUCACGCAUAAGUUGUCGCACACGAUUUUUAACUAUAAAAAAGUAUUUGGAAAAGAAUCCUGAUGCAGGCAUUGAUGACAUUCCUAGAAAACAGAUAAAAUCAAGAUGCGCUAUCAACAUCGAAAAUUGGAAAGAAAAAGUUGAGGAACUGUCUGCAAAUCCAGACGGUGUAAAAUUGAAAAAGGAAAAAUUUCAAAAACAAAAAAACGAUAAACUUCAAAACAAAAAACAUGAAAAAGUAAGAAAACCAAAACAGAAUGCAAUUAAAAAAACAAAAAAAGAAAAGCUUAAGACCGCUGUUAAAGAAGAAAUCGAACCGAUUGAGGCAAUACUACCUAAUGAAGAGAAAAUUCAACCAGUUGAAGAAAAAUUACAACAAAUUUCUGAAAACAUACAAUCAAUUACAGAAAAUCUACAAAUUAUAAAAAAUGAGGAAAAACGAAUUAGAAAGUCCCAAGCAAUACAGAAGAAAAUAAUUGAAAAGCCCUACAUACCGCGAUUACGAAUGAAUGGUAUAAGAAAUUAUAAUUUUUUUAAAUAUGCCUACAAUUUUAAUAUGAAACAACACCCCUGCGAUAACAUAUUAAUAAACAACGAGGAUUUUACUAUUGCAAUGUCAGCUUUGAAUCCCCAAAUACCAUUAUCAAUAGAUAAUUAUAAAUUUGAUACCAGUAUACCAGAGAAUGUUAAACUAAAUAUAAGAAAUAAUCCACCACAACUAUCAAUUUAUGAAAAACUUCAACGUUUGCCUCCAAAUUGGUCUACAGCCAUGGGAUUUCGGGCACUAUGUAUACACACAGCAACUAAUUCGACUACCCAACCAUCUGAGCAUUUUGUGGACAACACAAACGAUUCAAUAACAAAUUUUCGAGAACGUUUACGUUCAGUUUUCUACUCAACAGCGCUGCUAAGUCGUUUAAACCCUGACAUGGUGGGUAUUAAAAUGGCUGAAACCCCAAAACCAAAAGUGGUCAAACGUAAACGAUCUUAUAGCAAUAAAGUUAAUGAAAAAAAUACAAAUAAAAAAAAAUGUAUUGAAAUUAUAGAAAAUAUAAAAACUGAAUUUGAAACGUAAAUAAAUUAAACUAGAAUUCGUUAGAUGAAUUAUUAAAUUAUAAAUAAUGUCAAAGCUAUAAAAUGCAAAUACCAAUAAUGUAAUUUUUAAUUACUUUAAAUCAUCAUUUUGUAAAUUAAAUCAUUAAGUCAUCACUUUGUAAAUUUUUUAGAACUUUGAAUAAACAAAAACGUACAAUUAAAAAAAACAAAAAAAAAAUAAUCUUUAAAAAUAUCAAA